AUGGCCUAUUGUCAAGCUUUUCAAAAGUGUGCUAGAUUAGCAUGUUUAAAAUUAAGGCCAACAUGCUCAACUUUAUGUUUGCCCUCCAUAACAAAACUGUUAUGUUACUUUACCAUUAUACCCGUUAUAAUUUUUUUUUGCUACUCAAUUUUAGAAAAGUAUUUUGAUAAAUUAUCACUUACUACUGAACCUCCUUACCAUCAAUAUACUACAGAACCAGAUGAUUUGUUUGGAAGAGUCAAUCCUACUACUCCUAUGUUGAGCGAGCAUACAUAUUUACAAUUAUUGGACUUAAACUCUAGAUGGAAACCUAGUCUACCCUCAAAUUUAACCGUAGUUUCUAUAAUUAAAAAUAAUGACAAUGUUGAAUUACAAUUGAAUUCUAUAUUUAGUCAAACAAUUAUGCCACAAGGCAUGAUUAUAAUUGCCUCUAAAAACACAGCUAAAAAAGUCAAACAUGUCAUUAAAGAGAAUGAUAAAUACAGUGGCUUUGAUGUAUGGAUACAUGUUAUGGAAACAAACAAAUUUAAAAUCAUUGGUUGGUUAGAAGUUGCGCAAGCUGUAAAAACUUCACACAUUCUUUUUUUGGAUUCUGGAGUGGUACUGG